AUGUCUUCUAGCCUAGGCCAUGCAGAGCGCUGGUCGUUGCUGCUUGUUGCAGGUGUUUCGCUGUCUGUCAUUGCCAACACCUUCCAAGGGGAUGGCGCUCCUCUGGUAGCCUCCCUGGCGUUUUCGAGCCUAGCCUUUUCCAUGACCUACGCAUUUGUCCGUUGGUCGGGUCCGGCUUUUGUGAAGGCAGGGCUUAGUGGAAGGGAUAUGAGCAAGCUGACCCCAAAAGAAAUCCCCGAAGCAAUGGGAGCGGUAGCUGCCUCGGUCUACAUCUUAGCGCUGAUGGCAUUCAUCCCAUUCGCGUUUUACAAGGACAUUGUUGCCGCUACAUCUGGUGGUGGAAACAGAGAUGUUGUCCUUGAGGUCACCGAAGUCGAGACUGGCCGUUUCUUGCAUCGAUUUCCGCAUUCAAAGCUAUCCUCGUAUCAAUCGGCUCUGAACACACUGCAAGCAACCACCAUUCUCGGUAUGGCGGACGAUAUAUUGGACUUAAGAUGGCGACAUAAAUUUUUCAUUCCAGCGAUUGCGUCUCUGCCACUUCUAAUUGUCUACUAUGUCGACUUUGGCGUUACCUCGGUUGUGGUACCAAAUUUUCUCGUUCCAUAUAUGCCGGGCAGAGCGCGCUUGAUCGACCUCUCAUUUUUAUACUACCUUUACAUGUCAGCUUUAUCCAUCUUUGCACCCAACUCGAUCAACAUCCUUGCUGGAAUCAAUGGUAUCGAAGUUGGUCAGUCACUCGUCAUCGCGGGCCUUUUGAUUGUCAAUUCAUCACUGUAUUUGGUUCCUUUUCCCGGGAACCCGGUUUUAUCGAACGGCUACGCCACGCACCCUCAUCCCGCUACGGAUUCACACCUUCUGACGUUGUAUGUGCUGCUGCCGUUUUUGGCUGUGUCGACAGCCUUGUUCAUACACAACAAGUACCCAGCCCGAGUAUUUGUUGGUGACACAUAUUGCUAUGUCGCUGGCAUGACUUUUGCUGUGGUUGCGAUCAUGGCACAUUUUAGUAAGACGUUGUUAUUACUGCUCAUCCCACAAAUCGUCAACUUCAUCUAUAGCACGCCACAGCUAUUCAAGCUGAUUCCCUGUCCACGGCAUCGACUGCCCAAAUUCAACGCCAGAACACUCCUGCUUGAACCCAGUGUCACGCCAUGGCCUCGAGAAAAGCCCCCAAACAAGCUUCAGACCACCAUAUUCCUCGCACUCGAGAAGUUCAGGCUAAUCAAGGUCACAAUCGAUCCCAAGACGAAUCGCAUAUCGACGACUUCGAACUUGACAAUUAUUAAUUUGUGGUUGGUGUGGAGAGGGCCAAUGAGGGAAGAUCAAUUGAUGAGGGAGCUAUUAUUGAUGCAAACUUGCUGCGGUGUUUUUGGGCUCUUUGUGCGGCACACUAUGGCACUUUUGAUAUUCAGUGUGGACAAUAGAGGCAAGUACGGGAACAGCUUUCCGGUGUAA